AAAUUUUCUGUAUCCGAUUCAUUAUGAAUGAAGACCCAGAUAACACAGAUAAAGGUUCACUUCAAUAUUUUAAGUUUUCACUUGAGUUGAUAUUAAACUGGAUUUAGCUUAAAAUUCCUCAAAUCUGCCUGGUGAUUAGGAAAUUCUUUUUAUCUGACUUCCACUUGAAUUUGAUGUGAACCUGAAAUCAUAAUCUCACUAUUAGAUUUUUAUAUUAUAAUCGGAAAUUUUAUUUUAAUUUGUAUGGAAACUCUGGAAAUGCCCUAGCUAUACCCUAAAUUCCUAAUAGCCGAAAAAGGCAAAGUUGGACCAGUAGAGUCCUAAAGAAUUGAAAAUAUAAAGAAGAGCAUUGUGGUCAAACAUAAAGCAGUGAAAAUAAAUAAAUAAACGUCAGCGUUCUGGUCAACAUUAGUCAAAAAGAGAAAAGGCCCAGAUGCUCCCCUUCCCUCUCUGUUUCUUCGCUGUCUCUAAAACCAUACCUCUCCUCCUUACUCACUUCAUCAUCUCGCCAUAACCGAACAGAGCAUGCUCUUCUACAGGAACUUGCUCAAGGACUCUCCUUUCCAAUAACCCAUCUCCUUCUUUUAUCAUCUAUCUAUCAAAAACUACUUCUUUUUCUUUUCUCUUCUCGUCUCUCUCCAUGGCCGACUCUGAAGGCAAGAGGGAAUCGUGUGCCCUGUACUCGAAUGCCUCUGUCUGUGAUCCCCCUUCCUUCUCCAAACUUCUCAAAAGAGUUUUGUCUAACAAUUCUUCCGCUUUUCGAUCUCAGAUAUCCCCACAAGAGAAUGUGGUGAGCAAAAAGCCUAUAGUGGAUGGAGCUAAGUUGGAACUUCAAGCUGAAUGUGCAAAUGAUUCUAACAAUGUGUCACCGCUUGCUCCACCUGCUACAACUAUGCAACAUUCAACUCCUGCAAUCCCAACUUCUGGGCUAAUAUUAGACCAACAAAAGGCUGAACAUAAUGCCAGUCUUUCCCAUAUUGUUACUGAGACACCUGCCAGUGAUGGGUAUAGCUGGAGAAAGUAUGGCCAAAAACAGGUGAAGAGUUCUAAUAGUUCCCGAAGCUACUAUAGGUGUGCACGUUCUAAUUGCCAUGCGAAAAAGAAGGUUCAACGCUGUGAUCAUUCCAGACGUAUCAUUGAUAUCAUUUAUAUAGGUCACCAUAAUCACGAUAUCUCUCAAAGUAAAUGCAACGUGUCAAGUGGGUCUGUGCCAUCUGCUAACAUUGCUUCAGGCCAUCAUAUUGUUGAUUCAAUUCAAAUUGUAGCUGGUGCAGACGUGUCUAUCUGCUGGGAAGACAUCAGGCAGUCAUCAGUGCAUAUUGCUGAUUCUGAACAACAGAGUUCAAGUAGUUCUAGUGGUGAUAUUAGGAUUAAGGUUGAGAAGCAGAAUGGGAAUGAGCUGGACACAAAAAAAUUUUCUGUUUCAAGUGGGGCAGAACAACAGAAAAAUAGCUCUUGUGUGAUUGCAGAUGCUGAGGUUCAGGAGAAGCAUGGUGCGGAACCGAGGCUGAAAAAAAGGAGUGCAUAUUCAGCUCCUCUUUUGGAAGCAAAUAAGGAGACUAAGAUUGUUGUGCAUGCUGCUGCGGAUGGGGGCAUCUCAAGUGAUGGCUAUCGAUGGCGCAAGUAUGGUCAGAAAAUGGUGAAGGGGAAUUCUUACUUGAGGAGUUACUACAGAUGCACAUCUGCAGGAUGUCCCGCCCGCAAGCAUGUCGAGAGAGCCACAGAUGAUGCAACAACCACCACCCUAGCAUACGAAGGGAAACACGACCAUGACGUCCCAGUACCUAAGAAACAAAAAGGUUCAGAAAGUCUUGGUCGGAUUUCCUCCAAUGCCACUGUGAAUGGUCCUCAGUGUCAGAAAACAAAAAGUUUAUCCAGUGAAAGGAUUUCAGCGAAAUGUUCAGUGGACAGAGAAGGAGAUUUGAUGGAUGAGAAGGUUUUAGAGCUUGGAGGUGAAAAGGCACUGGAGUCUGCCCAGACCCUUCUCAGUAUUGGAUUUGAACUCAGGCCUUGUUGAGAAACAAGUAAUAGUGUAGAUUGAUGCAAAAAUUUUCUGAAACAUGCAGAUUAUGCUUCCUUGAUUUGAGAUUAAUGAAAUUUUUUUAAUUUUUUUCUUUAAUCACUUGCACUUUAUGGACGCUUCUGCAAAGCGCCAUCUUUCUGUGGAGCACCUUGUUAAUAUAUCAUCAGUCUUUUUAGGUUUUUUUUUUCUGCCUUCUUGUGACCAGUACAUUACAUUCAGCUUGGAGAGGUCAAAUAUGCAAGUAUACCCAGCUAAAUUACAAUUUGCCCCCUUGCCCCCUGAAGUUGGAUUGUAGUUGUCAAUCUCUUGCAAUAUUUACUAUUGGUCUCGGUAUCUUUAUUUUUUUAACUAUUUGGUCCACCUGGAAUUACAAUGAAUUGUUUUUUCUUUCUUCCCUUCUUGUCAUUAAAUAUGAUCUUUGGGAAAAAAGAAGUCCAAACCCAAAACUUUCAUUUGUUUGAAAAGCAAAACAACUUGGCUAAAAUCGCUAAACAAAAUACACCUAACAAUACUUACACCACCUCGCAUUAUCAAUUAAGUUAUAAUAAAUUGAAGUAGUUUCAAUAGAAAAAAGAGAACGAUUGAAGAAUACUCUGCCAAUAUUUGUGUGCCUCUCUGAAUUAGAUAGAGGAGCUACAAACAACUAAAACAAUUCUCAGACAACCUGCUCCGUCUCCAUUCCUGAUAGCAGCCUCGUGGAACAACACAUCAACUAGUUUUACUUUCUGGAUCGUCCAUGGAGAAUCUGGGGGACGAGAAGACGGGUUUACUGGUUAUUAUAAAUGGCUUCUAUGCAAUUCUGCCUUUUACAGAGAUCAGAUGAUCAAAUCGUCUAGAAAAGUAUAAAGGGAUACGUGAGCUACUUGCAGACAGUGAGAGAGUUAAUAUUUCAUAGAUUCUCGUCUUCCCAGAACCUGUUAUUCCAAUUUUUUGCCAGGACAUAAAGAGUGUAUUGACCCAAAUUAUGGAACUUUGGAAUAUAAAUGCAUGAAAUACCAACAUUCUAUCAAAAUUUCAGACAAGUGCAAGCUCU